AUGCAGGCGCCUCGUCGCCCAACAGUCGAAGUCAUCAUCAAUGGCAACCAGAAAGCGACAAAGGUCUCGUCGACGGGAAGACUUCGGCCACUCUCUGUUGACGAGGCUCUGCAAUAUUCUCCACUGGCGACGUCUGUGACUUCAGGCUAUGAACGCAUCCCUAUACCAGACUUAGCCCAACCCUAUAUGUCCCCAGGGCUACUUGCCGAGAACGAACGCACAUCCCUGAAGAGAUUACUGGAUCAAAGCACGAGUUCCUUCUCGAACGGAGGUGCUGCCAACGCGCAGGCUGGCGUUUGGGGAAAGGGAUUGAAUGAUCUUUUAGACCCAGAUGAUCUUUCGGAGUUCAAGUUCAAGGCCGUACAGCUACCUAGGAGCUCCUUACUGCCAAUCUCCAACACCGAGCGAAGCCUCCCUUCGUUUAAACCACAGAUUAGUCCACUUGCCAGAAUGGUACUUGAUUCUUCAGCCAUUGCUUAUCGAUACCCGACGCCCGAAACACCCAGCCCGAAAGCCUCAAGUCGUACUCACUCUCUUCCCACUCCGGCCUUAUCAAGGUCUCCCGAGCAGCCGAUUGCUUCCCAGAACCAUAGAGCGUUCCAAGAGAAUAAUAUCCAUCAACCCGGAAAGCAGAGAAUAUUGAUAGAAGUUCCUCCCCGUCCGCCCUAUGAGUACGGAGAAGUUCCCCACCAGUCACCGAAGCGGCGAAAGCUCGAUGCUGACAAUGAGCUUCCACGAGUUGUGAUACAGUAUCAAGCGCAGAAAGAAGAAGCGGAGGUGGCAUUGUCGAAGUUCCAAGACUUUCUUCAGGAGAUAUUUACUGCCCAUGACCUAUUGCAGCCUGACACUUCAAGUCCCCGUGCCCUUAAAGCAAGCUCCUAUUUCGAAGAGACCGAUAGUCUAGACGAGUCCACCUCUCAUUUAGCGACUAAGGUGCAUAGCAAGCUUCAAAACGCAAUCAAAAAACUAACAAUCAGCCAAGAUUUUGAGAGAGUCCAACCAGAUGACGUGAGAAGGUUGCAAAAGAUCUGUGAAGGCCCAAUACUUUUCGCUCAAACGAUUAACCUUCAUCUUGGCGAAGAGCCGAGCGAGGAAGAUGCCAAGCACUGGCAAGCGAGCAUGCUUCGAGCAGAAAACGGUCUUACAUCAGCUUGCACAGUUGCCUGGACGAUAUUGGGUAGUCUGGAGAAUAAAGAGCUCUGUCCAGAAGACAUUGUGCAGAGCAUACCAAUCCUUCUUACGAAUACCUUUGAGAAUUGUCUUAUUCCAGUACUUGAAGCACGCUCCAAUGGACGUACGUCAGUGCUCUUCAAGCUUGCGUCUGGAUCUAAAGAUCUAUUGACCAGGCUGCUUCAUCAAGGCAGGAAGCUCCUGUCUUUGAUGGCAGAUAUCUGCCUUCAAAUGGAAAGUGCGGAGACCGCUAUCACUCGGAUAGAAUAUCUCGCAACGCAGCUUAUAUUUGUGGAGAGCUCUUAUACAGAAAAAGAUUCUGUUCUUGGGGUACAGCUUUUCGAAACGGUGAGGAAAGCUGCUGUGGAAGCACUUGCGAAAAUAUUUUCUAGGUUCGUAGAUCAGCGUCAGUCAAUCCUGGACGAAAUCUUGUCCUCGCUGCAGAAGCUCUCAACCACCAAACAAGGCGCACGGCAAUUCAAACUCGUCGAUGGCAAGAACAUCCAACUGGUCUCUGCAUUGGUCAUGCAGCUCAUCCAGACUGUUGCCACUGAGACUUCCGAGCAGCGGGGGAGAGCAGAAGUCACCACUCCAAAACGUACGGAUCCUGUCGAACCUGCAACUGACAGCGACGACGAUGGCUCCACUAUGAAGUCUAAUGGCGUCAAUAGUGAGGAGACAUUAUCACCUUUAGGGAAGCUGAGCCAGAAGGCGAAUUCAUUGUAUCAAAGAGCUGUGGAAAGCGCCAACUACAUCAUUAACUACUUUGUGCAGCGAGCAAAGGUUUCCACCAAGACCGGAGACCAGCCACACCGAAAUCUUCUCGAUCUCUUUAUUGAAGACCUAAUCAGCGUGCUUGGUUCUCCUGAAUGGCCUGCUGCUGAGCUCUUGUUGUGGAUUCUCGCUCGUCACAUGCUGACAAUCUUGAAUGAUGACAAAAGUGCGGCAACUCCUAAGAAUAUGGCACUCGAAUUACUCGGAUGGAUGGGUUCUGCGAUAUCUAACCUUUUGCUCUCAAUUCAGUCGCUUUGUGAAACAUUUGAUCACCAGGAUGACGCUGUCAGCCAGUAUCUUACGGGACUCGCUGAAGAUCAACUGCAAAGGUCGUUACGCAAUAAGGAUAUUGUUACAGAGACGGGUCCUUUUAAGAUCACGCUUGAGUAUCUCAAAGACUGCGACCGCGAUCGCAAUAACUGGCAGCUCAGGACAGCUUGUGGAUACUAUUUGGUCACAUGGGCAAGGACCUUCUAUUCUACAGUCGACAUUGGUGAAGAUCAACAUUCUCAAGAAAUAGAAGGCUUUUCUAGGGCAUUGUUGAAAGCUUUCAAGGAUCCCAUCUCUUUAGGAGGGGAGAAAGUUUUCGAGGAUAUCACUCCACAUCAAGGUCGACUGGCAUAUCUUUUGACGGUCGUCAAUAUGGGCUUCUGUAAAGCGUUUGACGUCAUUGUCAAAGUUUUACUUCAGUCCUUGACUAGCGAUCAGGCAAAGAUGCGUAGUCGCAGCCUAAAAAGUGUCGUUGCCAUGCUAGAAGCAGACCCAAAGCUUUUGGAUCGCGAUGCAGGUGUUAUGAACGUCAUCUUUCGGUGUGCUUCAGAUUCGUCCCCCAUGGUUCGUGACAACGCGUUAUCACUCAUCUCAAAAUGUAUGUUUUUGAGACCAGGCCUUGAGGAUGAGGCAAUCCGGGUUGUCUUGGAGCGUGGACAGUCGGAUGUGGCCACUGGGGUACGAAAGCGUUGCCUCAGUAUACUGAAGGAGAUUUAUCUCCGCAAUCCGAAGAACACUGUGAGAGCUGGUAUUGCACGAUCGUUUCUCUCCAGACUCAACGAUCCGGAAGAAUCGGUAUCUCUUAUUGCACAGCAGACGCUGUAUGAUACAUGGAUUGCACCGUUCAUCGCACCUGCUGGGGUUGUGGUCGAUACAGCAAAAGCACAAGUUGCCUUGACCGAGCAGGUCCAUUUGAUUGUGAAGACCGUCAGUGCGACGGAGAGCAUCAAUAUGUCUGAUACGCUUCUCCGACUGGAGCAAUUCUACCGAAGCGUCUUGAAGGAUGGGAUGAAGACUCACACACCAGUUUCCGUCAUUUGCUCUAAUAUCGUUGAUGUUCUUUUCGAUCUGAUUUUGAAUAGCUCAGAUCAAACCUCAAAGCAAGAGCAAAGGGCAUUAUUGUCAUCCUUGGAAGCGUUCUCAAAAGCAGAUGCCAGUCUUGUCAAGCCUGAACAGCUGCAAGCGCUUCAACCCUAUAUUCAGAAUCUUUCCACCGAUGAUGAUCUUUUCUUUUUCAGAUCCGUUGUUGUAAUCUAUCGUUGCGUACUACCUCAUCUAUCCGACAAAACUUUACUCAAAGCCAUUCAGAACGAUCUCAUGAGAGCUGUGUCCAGAUUGGGGCGUGCUGAGCUUAACGAAGCGAUAUCUUGCUUGUGGACCAUUGAUCGCGUCCUUCACAAUACUGAGCGGCUGGUAAAGCUCACAAUGUCUUUACUUAAGAACAUCUAUGCCGCCAAAAUUUCUACCUCCGAUGGACUCGAUGAAGGCGAUCCUGCCUUAGGAGAUGCGUCAAGAAGGCUGCGAAGCUACCUUCGGAUCACCGGCUGCGUUGGUAAGCAUUGUGACCUCGAGCCUUUCGCGCAUUCUUUCAAAGAUAUAUUCCCUUCAUGGAAAGGGACUUCAGUCGUUGACUUGAUGGUGGACCUUAUCUAUCCUCUCACAACAGCGCAGAGGGCCCCAUUGAUUCGCAGCGAAGCUCUCCACAGUCUAGCGUCUAUCUGUCAAAGUUGGCCAGGGCAAUUCAACAAAGAAGUAGUCCGAAAAUCGUUCUCAGAAGUCCUCGAGAGAGGGAACUCGGACCUCCAAUAUAUUGCCGUAACCAGCUUCCUGGAUUUCUUCAAGGCUCGAGAAGUCGCUACAGAAACACUUGCAGCCUCCAAAACCGACGCCAAGGAGCCUACUGGCAGGCUCGAAAGCUCCCUCCGAGCAAGCGAUCAUGACGGCGCUGCAGCGUUAAUUGCCCAACAUUUUCUCUCGCUCAUUCUACUGAUUUCCAUUUCUGGCAACGAGCACAUCGACAUGCCAGCAAUCGAAGUCAUUGCAAGUAUCAAUCGACAAGGGCUCGUGCAUCCGAAAGAGUGUGCUGGGGCACUUGUGGCAUUGGAAACAUCACCUCGGCCAUUGCUUGCUAGAGUCGCCUGUGACACCCAUAGGCUACUCCACCAGCAGCAUGAGACAAUGUUUGAAAGAGAAUACAUGAGGGCAAUUCGCGAAGCAUAUGAGUAUCAGAGAGACAUCGUGAAGGAUCCGACAGGGGCAAAAGCUCGGCCUUUCGUGCCAAAACUAUCCUCGCUUUACGAGAUUGUCAAGACAAGCAACAUCAAAUACGUUCGUAAAUUCUUACGGCACCUUGUUAUGAAGGUCGGUGUCGACCCGUCUGAUCUCACUGUCAGCAAAAACGCUUUGGACCAGGUUCAGUUCUCGAGGUUUAUUGUGCAAAAUCUGGCUUAUCUGGAUUAUGGAAAACUCGAUGAGCUUGUACAUGCUAUCUCCUUCAUGGAGAGCCAUGUCGGCAAAGCUGGAGCGGAAGUGGCGCAGGCUAUUGAAGCACACAUUAUUGGCAGGAGCGAUGUCAAGCAGGACAAGGGCCAGCAACUUGCGGAUGGUCCAACCUAUACGGAAGCGAUUCCUAUGAAGAGUGCAGAGCCUGCGCUGCUGAAACGUCUUGCUAUGUCUGCCAUGAUCUUGACUAUGCUCUGGGAAACUCGAACGCAUCUUAGGCGACAAUACGGCAUAACAGGACCCGUCCGAGAAAAUGAUGGAAAGAGUAAGGACGCGAAGGAAUUGGCCAAAACGCCUACAAAGGUGCACGGUAUCACUGGAGAAAGGUUUUGGGAGAACAUUUCGGACAUCAUGACAUCGUUAGAUGACGACGAGGCAAUGUCGAGACGCUGUCUGGCAUUCGCACAACUAAUGGCUGUGGAUGAUGAAGUCAAAGUAGCGGCAGAGGUUGAUGAGAUGCGAGAAUCUUACUCAGCCAGUGUCGAUCCCGAAGCCAGCUUGCAGCCUCUGGUCAAUGGAAGCAAAGGCCCGAGAGGCAAGAGAAAGAGCUCCGUGUCAGCAAUCGGGACGCCGAAGAAGAAGAGAGGCCGGCCUAGUCUGAAUGGUAGGCGCCGGUCGGGCGCAAAGCAGGGCUCGGACGAUGAUUGGGAUUGA